UUGUUUUAAGACUAAUAGAUCAGCACCUCUUGUUUUGAGAUUUUCACAAGACGUUCGGAUAUCCACAUAGCACAUUAAUUAUAUUGAUAAUGGUUGUCAUUGAAAAUAGGAGCAAACGCAACCCCCUCCUUUCCUCACAUUUCCACACCCACCCACCGUCGCAUACUGGCUGUCCACGAGAAGGGGGUGAAAACACAAUCAGAAGACACCAAUACGUGCCAAUUUGCGGUGUUAAUGCGAACCGUUAUGCCUCUAAAACUCGUUUACGGGGGGGACAUUUUUGGUCAGUGAAAAAAGUGACGCCCAGAGACGUUUUUCUCUGUCGCCUAGACACCGUUUAACCCUUUGGGUGUGUUUCUCGUUUCGUGGAAUUACAUCAAUCUCGGUUCUUCAGUCGGUGUCGUCUGGGGUGAAAAGGUUGAGCUGUUGUAUCCCCGGAUGGUGUUUUUUUAUUUAUUUUGGGAUAUAAAGUGCUAGAAAUGGCCGUGUAAAUGGUGUCAUGCUCGGAGUUCGUUGUGGUUUGGGUGGACCUCGAGCCUGCGGAAUGGAAAUAAAACGGAGACGUCAACAUGGCGACAGCUGCUUCGCCCCUGCGCUCGAGAUGAAUCCUCAUCUUUAAAGCUCCCAGAGUGACCGGAGAUUAGCUGGUGCAGCUACCAGAGCAGGAUGUCAAUAUGGCUGCUCAGCUGCUCGUUCCACCCGGACCUGACAGCUUCCGGCGCUUCUUGCCUGAGUCUCUCGCUGCUAUCGAGCGCCGCAUCGCAGAGGAGGCUGCCCAACGGCCCAAAGGUGAGAGACGGCCUGAUGAUGAUGAUGAAAACGGGCCCAAGCCCAACAGAGACUUGGAGGCGGGAAAAUCCCUGCCCUUCAUCUACGGAGACAUUCCACCCGAAUUUGUGUCCGUCCCACUGGAAGACCUGGACACCUACUACAGCAACCAAAAUACCUUUAUAGUAUUGAAUCGUGGGAAGACUAUAUUCCGCUUUAAUGCUACGCCGGCUUUGUAUAUUUUGAGCCCCUUCAAUCCAUUGAGGAGAAUCUCCAUCAAGGUCCUGGUGCAUUCAAUGUUCAGUCUUGUGAUCAUGUGCACAAUCUUGACCAAUUGCGCCUUCAUGACCCUCAACAAUCCCCCGGAGUGGGCCAAGAAUGUGGAGUACACGUUCACAGGGAUCUACACCUUUGAGUCCCUGAUAAAGAUCCUGGCCCGGGGCUUCUGCGUGGGGAAGUUCACUUUCCUGCGAGACCCCUGGAACUGGCUGGAUUUCAGUGUCAUUCUGAUGGCAUAUGUAACAGAAUUUGUGGAUCUGGGCAAUGUCUCAGCACUGAGAACCUUCAGAGUUUUACGAGCACUCAAAACUAUAUCAGUGAUUCCAGGGCUGAAGACUAUCGUUGGCGCUCUGAUCCAGUCCGUGAAGAAGCUGUCAGACGUGAUGAUCCUGACUGUGUUCUGUCUGAGUGUGUUUGCUCUGAUCGGACUGCAGCUCUUCAUGGGAAACCUGCGGCAGAAGUGUGUGAAGAUGCCGGAGGUCAAUGUCACUGAAAACCUGACCGCCACACUGAACUAUAGCGCCGGUUUAGAGCAGAACAACACCUUUAACUGGACUGUAUACAGUAGUAAUGAGAGAAAUUAUUAUUUCCUCCCAGGCCGCAGAGAUCCUUUGCUAUGUGGAAAUUCGAGCGAUGCAGGGCAGUGUCCAGAGGGCUUCAUGUGUAUAAAAGUAGGUCGUAAUCCUGACUAUGGCUACACAAGCUUUGACACAUUCGGCUGGGCCUUCCUCUCACUCUUCCGACUCAUGACACAAGACUUCUGGGAAAACCUCUACCAGCAGACCCUGCGUGCAGCUGGAAAGCCCUAUAUGAUCUUCUUUGUUCUUGUGAUCUUCCUGGGCUCCUUCUAUCUGGUGAAUCUCAUCCUGGCCGUGGUGGCCAUGGCAUAUGACGAGCAGAACCAGGCCACCAUAGAAGAGGCUCAACAGAAAGAGGAAGAGUUUCAAGCCAUGCUAGAACAGCUCAAGAGACAACAGGAAGAGGCACAGGUUGCUGCGGCAGCAGCAACGGAGAGUGGGGAGUACAGCGGGAGGGGGGGCUUGUCAGAGGAAAGCUCCUCCGGGGGGUCCAGACUCAGCUCCAAGAGCGCCAAAGAGCGAAGGAACAGGAGGAAGAAAAGAAAACAAAGGGAAGAAGAAGAGAAAGCCGAUCAGGAAAAGUUCCAUAAGUCCAUCUCAGAGGACAGCAUCAGACGGCCUGGAUUUCGAUUCUCCAUCGAUGCCAACCGACUCUCGUAUGAGAAGAAAUGUUCCACUCCAAACCAGUCUCUUCUCAGCAUUCGUGGAUCUCUCUUUUCGCCAAGGAGGAACAGUCGCGCCAGUCUGUUCAGUUUUCGCGGUAGAGCGCGAGAUUUCGGCUCAGAGAAUGAUUUUGCGGAUGAUGAGCACAGCACAUUUGAGGAUAGUGACAGUCGCCGCGGCUCGCUCUUCGUACCUCAUUGUAUUGAGAGACGAAGUUCCACUGUCAGUCACUGCAGCCUUGCUCCCAGAGUUAUGCUCCCAGCCAACGGAAAAAUGCACUGCACAGUAGAUUGCAAUGGAGUGGUCUCCCUGGUGGGUGGGACAUCUGUGCCAACAUCACCAAUCGGACGUUUGUUACCUGAGGGCACAACCACUGAGUCUGAGGCACGUAAAAAACGUUCAGGAUCACACCAGCCGUCUGAUUAUCUGGAUGAGACAGUAACCAGAAAAAGAGCUAUGAGUGUGGCCAGCAUUCUGACAAAUACUAUGGAAGAACUUGAGGAAUCACGGCAGAAGUGCCCUCCAUGUUGGUACAAGUUUGCCAACAGCUUCCUGAUCUGGGACUGCUGUCCAGCCUGGCUGAAAGUGAAGAGGAUUGUGAAAAUGGUGGUGAUGGAUCCAUUUGUAGACCUGGCCAUAACCAUUUGCAUUGUUCUCAACACCCUCUUCAUGGCUAUGGAACACUACCCUAUGACAGAAGGAUUCAACCAUGUGCUGUCAGUCGGGAACCUGGUAUUCACUGGAAUCUUCACAGCAGAGAUGUGUCUGAAGGUAAUUGCUCUAGACCCAUAUUACUACUUCCAACAAGGCUGGAAUAUCUUUGAUGGCAUCAUCGUGAGCCUGAGCCUUAUGGAACUGGGCCUGGCCAAUGUUGAGGGACUUUCUGUGCUGCGAUCUUUUAGAUUGUUAAGAGUCUUUAAGCUGGCAAAGUCUUGGCCCACGCUGAACAUGCUGAUAAAGAUCAUUGGUAACUCCGUUGGUGCUUUGGGAAAUCUAACCCUCGUCCUAGCCAUCAUCGUCUUCAUCUUUGCUGUGGUGGGAAUGCAGUUGUUUGGAAAGAGCUACCGUGAGUGUGUCUGCAAGAUCGCAGAAGACUGUGAGUUGCCGCGGUGGCACAUGGAUGAUUUCUUCCACUCCUUCCUGAUUGUGUUCCGAGUGCUUUGCGGUGAAUGGAUCGAAACCAUGUGGGACUGCAUGGAAGUGGCGGGGCAGUCAAUGUGUCUCAUCGUCUUCAUGAUGGUCAUGGUCAUUGGGAAUCUGGUGGUGUUGAAUCUGUUCCUGGCCUUGCUGCUGAGCUCUUUCAGUGCCGAUAAUCUGGCCGCCACUGAUGACGACAGCGAAAUGAACAACCUGCAGAUCGCCGUGGGCAGAAUACAGAAAGGUAUCGCUUUGGUCAAGUCCACUUUACGCCAGUUUCUCCAAAGCCUCUGCCUGGCCGGCUCCAAACCUUGUGCUCUAGACGAAGAGAAACCCCUUGAUGACCUCCACAGUGACGGCAAGGAGAAUUGCUUGUCCAAUCACGUUUCAGUGGCCGUCGAUCUCACUAAAGACUAUCUGAAGGAGGGCUGCAUCUCCCCUGGCAAUGGGGUGGAAGGUCACGUAAAGUAUGGGAUUGAGGAAGGCGACUACAUGUCGUUCAUACACAAUCCCAGCCUCACUGUUACAGUACCGAUUGCGGUGGGGGAGUCGGACUUUGAAAAUCUGAACACGGAAGAUUUCAGUAGUGACUCAUCUGACGUUGAGGGCAGUAAAGAGAAGCUGCCUGUUGAUGCGGUUCUCAGUUCUUCAGAAGGUAGUACAGUGGAUAUCCGACCCCCUGGUGAGGGUGUGGAGUCUGUGGAGCUGGAGCCUGAAGAGUCCCUGGACCCAGAGGCCUGCUUCACAGAAGGCUGUGUGAUGAGGUUUCAGUGCUGUCAGGUUGAUGUGGAGACGGGAAAAUGGAAGAGUUGGUGGACUCUCAGGAAAACCUGCUUCUUUAUUGUUGAGCACAACUGGUUUGAGUCCUUUAUCAUCUUUAUGAUAUUACUCAGCAGUGGAGCACUGGCUUUUGAGGACAUUUACAUCGAGCAACGUAAAACAAUAAAGACAGUGUUGGAAUAUGCAGAUAAAGUCUUCACAUACAUCUUUAUAUUGGAGAUGCUUCUGAAGUGGGUUGCGUACGGCUUCACCAAAUACUUCACCAACGCCUGGUGUUGGCUCGACUUCCUGAUUGUUGAUGUGUCACUGGUGAGUCUGGUAGCAAAUGCUCUUGGUUACUCUGAACUAAGUGCCAUUAAGUCCCUGAGAACACUGCGUGCUCUUAGACCUUUGAGAGCAUUGUCACGCUUUGAAGGAAUGAGGGUUGUAGUGAAUGCCCUGCUGGGAGCCAUCCCUUCCAUCAUGAAUGUGCUGCUGGUGUGUUUGAUUUUCUGGCUCAUCUUCAGCAUCAUGGGGGUGAACCUUUUCGCUGGGAAAUACUAUCAUUGUGUUAAUAUCUCCAGCGAUGAGAUGUUUCCCAUCAGUGUGGUCAAUAACAAGUCAGAAUGCCUUGCCCUGAUUGCAAACAAUGACACAGCACGAUGGAAAAACGUGAAGAUUAAUUUCGAUAAUGUGGGAGCCGGAUACCUGGCGCUACUGCAAGUGGCCACAUUUAAAGGAUGGAUGGACAUCAUGUAUGCAGCUGUGGAUUCUCGUGAUUUGGAGCAGCAGCCUGAGAGGGAAAAAAACCUUUACAUGUACCUGUACUUCGUCAUCUUCAUUAUCUUCGGCUCCUUCUUUACCCUUAACCUCUUCAUUGGUGUCAUCAUUGAUAAUUUCAAUCAGCAGAAGAAAAAGCUAGGAGGUCAGGAUAUCUUCAUGACAGAAGAACAGAAGAAAUAUUACAACGCCAUGAAGAAACUGGGAUCUAAGAAGCCUCAGAAGCCAAUUCCCAGGCCUGCGAACAAGUUUCAAGGCCUCAUCUUUGACUUUAUCACCAAACAAGCCUUUGACAUUGUGAUUAUGAUCCUGAUCUGCUUGAACAUGGUGACCAUGAUGGUGGAAACCGACGAUCAGACAAAGGAUAUGGACAAUAUUCUGUACUGGAUAAACCUGGUUUUCAUCAUCCUCUUCACUGGAGAAGCUGUUCUCAAGAUGAUCUCCCUGCGACAAUACUACUUCACCAUUGGCUGGAAUGUGUUUGACUUCGUAGUUGUGAUUCUGUCAAUUGUUGGCAUGUUCCUCUCUGAGAUGAUCGAGAAAUAUUUUGUAUCGCCAACCUUAUUCCGAGUCAUCCGGCUUGCCAGAAUUGGUCGCAUUCUUCGUCUCAUCAAAGGAGCCAAAGGCAUUCGUACACUCCUGUUUGCCUUGAUGAUGUCACUUCCUGCCUUGUUCAAUAUUGGCCUCCUCCUGUUUCUGGUCAUGUUUAUUUAUGCCAUUUUUGCAAUGUCCAACUUUGCCUAUGUGAAGCGGGAGGCAGGGAUUGAUGAUUUGUUUAACUUUGAGACAUUUGGGAAUUCAAUGCUUUGCCUGUUCCAGAUUACCACUUCUGCAGGAUGGGACGGCCUCCUGGCACCCAUCCUGAACAAACAAGAUCCGGACUGCGACAGUGAAAUGGAGCACCCAGGCAGUUUGUACCGCGGCAACUGCGGAAACCCCUCGGUCGGCAUCUUCUUCUUCGUGAGCUACAUCAUCAUCUGCUUCCUGAUUGUGGUGAACAUGUACAUCGCCGUGAUCUUGGAGAACUUCAGCGUAGCCACAGAGGAGAGCGCUGAACCACUGAGCGAAGACGACUUUGAAAUGUUCUACGAAGUCUGGGAGCGAUUCGACCCCAACGCCACACAGUUUGUGGAGUACAGCAAGCUUUCUGAAUUUGCAGACGCUCUAGAUCCUCCGUUACGCAUCGCCAAGCCAAACAAGAUCCAGCUCAUAGCCAUGGACCUGCCCAUGGUAAGUGGUGACCGCAUCCACUGCCUGGACAUCCUUUUCGCCUUUACCCUGAGGGUACUGGGAGAGGAGGGCGAGAUGGAUGCCCUGAGGGGACAGAUGGAAGAUCGUUUCAUGGCCUCCAAUCCCUCCAAAGUCUCGUACGAGCCCAUCACGACAACCCUCCGCAGGAAACAGGAGGAGAUGUCAUCUGUGAUAAUCCAGAGGGCCUUCCGACGGUACCGUUUAAGGCAAAUGAUAAAGAAGGCCUCUGAAGCCUACCGAAAACAGCUACAGGAUGGGGAGGUACGUAUCCUGGAGAAAGAGGUGCUUGUCAUCGGAAAGUUUCAAGAGAACUCUGCAUCGGACAAAACUGAUAUGACUCUCUCCUCUGCCUCUCCGCCAUCUUAUAACAGUGUGGCCAAGUCAGAGAAAGACAAAUAUGAAAAAGAGAGGAGAGACAAGGAGGACAAAGCAAAAGAUGCAAGAGACAGAAAAAAAUGAACGAGGGACUGAAACAGAGACUGUUCUUUUCAACUGAGACACUGUUUACAGAGCAGAGCGCAAGCACUGGGGUGCAAUUCACCUCGAGCGGUUUUGGAACUAAUGCCAAACUGAGUGUGUGUGAGGCGGAGUGUGUGUAUGUGCGUGUGUCUAGACUAUUGUGUGCAUGUGCACCGAGCUAGCCUUAGGGUGCAUUUAUGGUGUUGACUGAAAGCGUUGAUUCGAGGACAGUGCCAGUGUCGACACGACGAACACACACGCUUGAGUAUGACUUGAAUCCCUAAGGAUCCUGGUGUGAAACAAAAUGGCAUACAGAGUGGUGUGUGAGUUUGUCUUUUAGUUUUGAGUGUUGUUACACAAUCCCGAGGAUUGAAAGAAACUGUUAUAGUCAUCAGUAGCUAGUGCUAACACUACCGCUGGUGUCUUUCUUAUUGAAUGGCGUAUUAUAUACCUGCACAUUUUUGUUAGCUCAUUUUUUUUAUCAUGUUGAACUUUUCUACUCAUGGGUUUGAUUGUCCGAACUACUUCAUGUAAGGGCACGUCUGUGGAAGGGGCUGGGGAAUGUCAAUCAUAUCCGGUAGUGAAUUAUCUGAUCUCAUUUACUUUAGCAUUAGCAAUUACCGAACAAACCACACACACACAUACAUAUACACUGGUAGGUUCCAAGUGCUACAAAAUCAAUCACUCAAUCAAUCAAUCACACAGUAAGUUGAGAGCAGAAAGCUACUGUACUAAUCAGGACUUUCACACAUAGAAUGUUUUUUUUUAUUAUUAUUAUUAUUUAUGGAUCAAGGUGUAGACCAUGUCUGCACUGUCUUACUGAACACAAUCACGAAAAUGGAUUAAUUGAACACAAUCUUCCACUGUUGAUAGCAGAGUGAGCCAAACUCAGUGAAUUUGUUCUAAUGUUUUGACUCAAACCUAUUCACGAAUGUUCUGGGUUCAGUGUAUCUUAACCUCAUUAACAUCAAUUGACAAAUUUUUUGUUACUAUAAGGCACUUAUAAUGGAAGUAAAAGAGGCCAAGCAAAUAAACAUGAAGAUUCACACUGUUUAGCCACAUGUAAAAUAACCACAAAACUUUAACAUUAUAUGUUAUAUUAUAGAUUAUACAUGUGUUAAUAGUGUGAUAUAAUCGCUUAUCUAAUCUUGUCAGUUAUCUUUCAACUCUGUUGUAGUGACAGUGCCUGUUAAAGCCUGUAAACCUGGUAAUUUAGCACAAUAUCUGCACAGACACCAAGAGAGGUGAUGCGAUUUGCUAGGCUGUUGUACCACAUGACCAGAGUUUUUAUUUAUUUAUAUCUUAAAGAUAUA